UCACAUUUUCAAAGACCACCUCUUUGAAUGAAGAAAGCGAGGGAUUUGCUACUUAAAACCCUCACUAGUGUCGCUAAACCCUACCUCCCUGUCUCUCCUAUCUCUACCCCCAAUUCAAUUUCUCUCUUCCAAUCUCCUGAGCAGAUGGAUUCUUCUCGGGAGCGUUACAGAUACAGUCCUACCCUCCGAUGGAAUCCCCACGUCGAGGAGUACUUCAUCAAGGCCUACGGAUCCGACCAUUUCGCUCGUAUCUCCCAUGCCCUAACGUGUCCCUCUUGCUACUCUUGUAUUCGUGUGAAUACCCUUAAGUCCACGAGCGAUGCUGUUAUUGAGAAGCUAAUGGCCAUUCUACAGGAAACAAGGAUUGCAAGUAGUUCUAAUUGCAUAAGCGUAAGUGAAAGUAAUGCGACUGCUGAAGUUGGUACAGGCAAGAAGCUUGGAAGCUUUUGCAAAGAACCUAAUGUCAAUCCACUUUCGGAUUUUGAUGGUAGGGUGCCCACGGAAUUGUUUGGAGGUGGAGAUAAUCCAAUGCCAGGAUUACAAAGUCCUUCAAUUCAUAAGUGCCAAGUACCAGGCUUAGACUACGUCGUGUUUGUUAAAGGUUCAGGUCCACACAUGAUUGAAUAUAAUGAUUCACCUAAUCAACCUCUAAAAGAGGUAAUUGUGAGCCGCAAAUGUGCUGAAGCUGUUCUUCGAGGGGCUCAGAUAUUUGUUCCUGGUGUAUUGGCCUGCAGUGCACAUGUUGAAAAGGGGGACAUGGUGGCAGUUUCAGUUGCUGUCGAGCAACCUGGUCUUGAUGGUGGAUGGGGAGUUGGUAUAACACGUGGAACUGUUCUCCAAGGAUUGCAAACAGAUCCUCAUUAUCAUGAACGAAAUGGCAUGUAUAUUGGCCAAGGAGCUACAAUGAUGUCACGAGCUGGGAUCUUCCGUGCUUCAGAAGGAAUUGCCGUGGAAAUGACAAACAGAGUAUUCAAGCUUCCGUCCUUUAAUGAUGUGCUUGAGGGAGAAAUAUUUCUUCAGAACCUGCCCAGCAUUAUCACAGCUCAUGUCCUAGAUCCUCAACAAGGAGAAAGGAUAUUGGAUAUGUGCGCUGCUCCUGGAGGGAAAACGACGGCAAUCGCGAUCCUUAUGAGGGAUAAGGGAGAGGUUGUUGCAGUAGAUAGAUCUCACAAUAAGGUGUUGGAUAUUCAGAAGUUGGCUGCAGAGAUGGAUUUGAAUUGCAUAACUGCAUAUAGGCUUGAUGCUCUUAAAGCUGUUUGUCGCACAAAUGGAUCAAUUAAUGUUGACCUUCAAAAUUGCAAUGAGGAAACUUUUGGGGUAAGUGUUGACAAUGCAGGUCAGCUCGGAUUUUCAGAGCAAGAUAUGGCAUCCAUGGCUACAGAAAUGUUGACUGAUUUAACAUGCAAGGAUAAAGUGAGCAAGGAAACAAAAAAUCAAAGAACUUAUGUUAGCAAAGCUGAAAUCAGGAAGAAUACCAGAAGAAUGAGAAAUGGACCAGGAAGAAAUCAUUGCAUGGGAGGCAGGGUUGAAAAUUCAAAGGGCUAUAGCCCUAAUAGUUUUGAUCGGGUUCUGCUUGAUGCCCCUUGUUCUGCUCUUGGCUUGAGACCUCGAUUAUUUGCUGGAGAGGAAACAAUAGAGUCCUUAAGAAACCAUGCAAAGUAUCAAAGGCGGAUGUUUGACCAGGCAGUUCAACUAGUUCGCCCUGGUGGAAUUAUUGUGUAUUCCACGUGUACAAUAAACCCUGGAGAGAAUGAGGCAUUAGUUCGUUAUGCUUUGGACACAUACAAGUUUCUUUCAUUAGCACCACAGCACCCACGAAUUGGAGGGCCUGGUCUCGUUGGUCAUUGUGAACUCUUUGAUGGGAAGUACACGGAUGAGUGGCUGAGGCCUGGUGAAGAAGAACUGGUUCAGAGAUUUGAUCCAUCAUCACCCCUUGAUACCAUUGGUUUCUUCAUUGCAAAGUUUAAUGUUGGCCAGAAGGAAACCUGACCAUGUUUCUGAAUGGUGGCAGCGUGCUGAAUGGAAAUUCUGUUGGAUUUUUUGUGCAACGACUUGAAUUGCCAUCCCUUUGAUACAUUUCUCUUGGCCUCCACAGAUUGUAAUUUCGAACAACAGCGAUCAAGGGACUGAAGUAACCCCUGUCAAUGCUAAUUUCAAACAACAUACAGAAUUGUUUCUGCAGUACCACCAGUUCCAUCACUGCAUCCAUUCAAGUCAGUGCACAGUGUUGUGGCAAUCCGAGAAGCACCACAAUGACCCUACAAGGACUGUAACUGGAGAGACACAGGUGUUGUAGCUUUGGACCGAAGGGCUUUAACUAAGUUUCUUUUUCCUUUUUAGAUUCUCUUUCUUUUCCUUUCUUUUCUUAUUUAACUGAAAUGCAUAUGUAACAAUUGACUAGUACUUUUUAAGUGGUGCGCUUUAUUUAAGACCUGAUCACCUACAGCCAGCUGUAUGUUGCAAUCCACUUUCUCAUGCAUUCUGAAUUUUGUCCCACUUGUUCACUAAAAAUAGUGUUUUUCGGCUC